CUGUGCCCCCCACUCACCCACAAGCGCUCAGGUUCACUUUGUAUCACCUGGAUACAAUUUGUUCAAUCAAAUAAAACAAAUUCACUCAUCAGAUCUUUGAAGAGAUGAUGAUGCAGGACGAUGAGUCGCCUGUCAGCUGGUUUAACGUCGUGUUCACUGCUUUUUGUUAGUUUAUUAAUAAGCAAACCUGUUGAACGGGAUGCAGAACAAUGUUCUAAAUCAACGUCAUCAAGUCAACCCAAAGCCGCGUGUGGCCCCGCCCCCCUCGUUCACCGGGACGGGGAAUAAAAACCGGUGAUUCUCGCCGGUCGCGGUGUCUUCUUGCCGCUUCUCCCGAUCAGCUGUUGCGGUUCGACGUCGCUUCAUCGCCGGCUGUGAUUCAGCGCGUCUCUCUCUCACCACGCGGGACUCACCAAAGCUUCUGCCCGGUUCCCCGGUCCAUCAUGGCGGGCCGACCGUCCGACCUCCUCGGCAAGGUGUUCAACGAUCCCAUCCACGGCCACAUGGAGAUGCACCCUCUGCUCAUCAGAAUCAUCGACACGCCUCAGUUCCAGAGGCUCCGUCACAUCAAGCAGCUCGGGGGGGUCUACUUUGUUUUCCCCGGAGCGUCCCACAACCGCUUCGAACACUCCCUCGGGGUGGCGCAUCUGGCAGGAGAACUGGUCCGAGAUCUGAAACAGAGGCAGCCAGAUCUCAACAUCACCGACAGAGACGUCCUCUGUGUGCAGAUCGCCGGGCUCUGCCACGACCUCGGACACGGGCCCUUCUCCCACAUGUUUGACGGAAUGUUCAUCCCCAAAGCGCGCCCAGGUCUCACCUGGAAGCAUGAGAAGGCCUCCGUGGAGAUGUUUGACCACCUGGUGGCUGACAACGAUCUCAAGCCCGUGAUGAAGGAGCACGGCCUGAAGCUGCCAGAGGACCUGGUCUUCAUCAAGGAACUGAUGGACCCGAAGGACCCGAAGGACCCGAAGGACCCGAAGAAGAAGCUGGAGUGGUCCUAUAAAGGCCGUCUAGAGAACAAGUCCUUCCUCUAUGAAAUCGUGUCCAACAAAAGAAACGCCAUCGAUGUGGACAAGUGGGACUACUUUGCCAGGGACUGCUACCACCUGGGCAUCAAGAACAACUUUGACCACGGCCGCUGCCUGAUGUUCGCCAGAGUGUGUGAGGUAGACGGAGAGAAGCAGAUCUGCUUCAGAGACAAGGAAGUGGAGGAUUUGUACGACAUGUUCUACACAAGGAUUUGUCUCCACCGGAGAGCCUACCAGCACAAAGCGGCCAACAUCGUGGAGACUAUGAUCACUGAGGCCUUUUUGAAAGCAGACGAGUUCAUCAGGUUUAAAGGCUCUGGAGGGCAGAAGUUCAAGCUCUCCGAUACCAUCAAUGACAUGGAGGCCUACACCAAGGUGACCGAUAACGUCUUUGAAAAAAUACUCAACUCGUCCUCCGAUGAGCUGAAGGCCUCGAGAAAGAUUCUUCAAGACGUCGUGUGUCGACGCUUCUACAAAUGCAUCGGCCAGGCCCAGCCGACCCAACCCACGACCGUCACUGAGGUGGAAGCGAGCUGGGAAGCGAAUCUGGCUCAAUGCGUCACUCAGGGCGUGGAUCUGAAGCCAGAGGACUUCAGCAUCGAUGUCAUCAACUUGAACUACGGGAUGAAGGAGAAGAACCCCAUCGACCGCGUGCGCUUCUACAGCAAGGACGACCCGGACAAAGGCUUCCAGAUCCCCCAGAACCAGGUGUUUGGCUUUCUCUCAGAGAAGUUCACCAAGGAGCUGAUCCGGGUCUACUGCAAGAAGCUUGACAGGAAGAGUCUGGAGGCGGCAAAGGAGAACUUUGACCGGUGGCGCGAUCUGUUAGGGAUUUAAGCCAGAAAUG